UAUUUCAGGUGUAUAAAAAUGACCCAUAUGUUGGUGAAGUUGCAAAUUAGAUCAGCAACAUGUUGAGAGUUGUCGUGCCUGUGCUUGUACUAGCCGGAGUUUGUUGGGCUGAUGUUCAAUAUGGCGAAUCACCUAGAGCACCCACACAGCGUCUAAAACGGUCACCAUACGACUACUACCCCGACUGCCCGCCUGAAUACCGCCACCACCACCCCCCUUAUUGGCCACCACCGCCCCCUCCCCCGCCUCCACCACCACCAUACUGGCCACCGCCCCCACCGCCACCGCCACCGAGACAAGAUGUCGUCUACUUCCAAGAUCAGCCACAGAAUCAAGCAUAUUCCCAAUCUGAAUCUAAUCAAAAGGAGUCAAAUCAACCUUGUACCACUUGUCAAGGACAGUCAGGCAGCAAUGCCAUUAGUAAUGCGAAGAGUGAAACUGGGGAGGCAAUCGCCAUCGCUGUUGCUAGGGCUAAAUCUAACUAAGAGGAACUCCUGCGAGACUCAUAGGUACUAAGGUACCUACGUCCAUAUAUCUACUUCCAAGAUCAGCCAUAGAAUCUAGCAUACGGAAUCUAAUCAACAGAAUAGCCAACCGCCAAAUGCCAUUAUUAAUGCGAAGAGUGAAACUGGGGAAGCAAUCGCCAUCGCUGUUGCUAGGGCUAAAUCUAACUAAGAGGAACUCCUGCGAGACUCAUAGGUACUAAGGUACGUCCAGGUAUACUUCCAAGAUCAGCCACAGAAUUAAGCAUACUCCCAAUCAAAAUCUAAUUAACAGAAUAGCCAACCGGACUCUAACCUUGCACCACUGGUCAGGGACAGUCAGGCAGAAAUACCAUCAGUAAUGCAAAGAGUGAAACUGGGGAAGCAAUCGCCAUCGCUGUUGCUAGGGCUAAAUCUAACUAAGAGGAACUCCUGCGAGACUCAUAGGUACUAAGGUACCUACGUCCAUAUAUCUACUUCCAAGAUCAGCCACAGAAUCAAGCAUACGGAAUUUAAUCAACAGAAUAGCCAACCGGACUCACAACCUUCUACCACUUGUCAGGGAUAGUCAGGCAGCAAUGCCAUUAGUAAAGCGAAGAGUGAAACAACGUCAUAUUUUCAUAGACAUUUGACAUGCAUGCCACGCCUAUCGUGCGCGGCGCGUCAUCAUGAACCUUUUGUAGGAAUGCAUUAAAAUAUUAUAUAGUAUAAUGUGCCAACUGCUAGAGUUAAACCAAGAUAACUCUGCAACGAUUUUGACAGCACAGACUGGGCAAGUGUUGAACUGGUGCUCGGUUUAUUGAACUGUAGCCGUGAGCGUCAGUUGACUUCUUUGGUGGUCAAAGGGUUACUGACAUUGCCACACUUUAUCAUUGCAGACUCAGAUUGAUCCGGCUCUAACAACACUCUUAACUGGUCAUCAGUGGAUAUCUGUAAUGAGCUUUACGAAUUGCAAAUUAAAGUUAAACCAAGAUAAGUCUGCAGUGAUUUGGUUAACCCAGAAGACUGUGCAAGUGUUAUUUUAAACGUCAAACUUCCAUGAGACUAUGACGAAUAAAUAACACUUGCCCAGUCUGUGUUGUCAAAAUCGUUGCAGAGUUAUCUUGGUCUAACUCUAGCAGUUGGCACAUAAUAGUAAAAACGAGUCACUCACGCUUUGAGUUAAUUCUUCAAUUGAAUACGUGAGUGACCUGUUUUAAUAUUUAUAGAAGUGUAAAUAAAUUACUAAAACAAAUUGUAAGGAGUACCUGCUGUCUACAAAUUUAUGUGUUAAUAUUUUGUUAAGUUUUUAAUAAUUAAUAUAAUUUGAUCAAAUAU